AUGGCUCCCCUCAACGUCAACUUCGCCUGCGCCCUUUAUGACCGCAUGGUCCCCCUCGCCAGCGGCGAAGUGCCCACUCCUGGUCUCAACGUCAACUUCGUCGAAGUCCAGCAUCCGCGUGACAUCUUCGACCGCAUGGUCGCCAACAAGGAAUUCGACGUCUCAGAGCUGUCAGCCUCAGAGUACAUCACACGUUAUGUCGCCGGCGACCGCAGCUUCGUCGCCAUUCCCGUCUUUGCGUCGCGCGUCUUCCGCCACUCCUUCAUUUGCGUCAACACAAACAUCAUUAAGAAGCCAGAGGACCUCAAUGGCAAGCGCAUUGGCGUGCAGCUGUACCACAUGACGGCUGCGGUCUACAUCAGAGGCAUCUUGAAGCACGAGUACGGCGUCGACUUGUCAACGAUCGAAUGGGUACAGGGCAAGAUGGAAACACCCGGGUCCCACGGCCAGCCGUCGGUACUACCGUUGCUGAAGCCCGUCAACAUCACCAAUAACACCGACCCGACUAAGUCGCUUUCAGACCUGUUGGAAUGUGGCGAGGUCGCUGCCACCAUUGGCGCAGACAUUCCCGAGUGCUUAGGUCGCGCGCCUCAUGUUCAGCGGCUGUUCCCCAACUUCAAGGACGUCGAGAGCGACUACUACAAGCGCACCGGCAUCUUCCCCAUCAUGCACCUAGUUGCCUUCCGCCGCGAAUACUACGAGGCAAACAAAUUCGUCGCAUCAGCAUUGUUCAAUGCUCUGGAGGACAGCAAAGAGAUUGCGCGCAAGAGGAUGGAAUCACUUGGUGCGUUGAGAUACAUGUUGCCGUGGCUAGGCCGAGAUCUGGUCGAGAUCAAGGAGACGUUUGGGGGAGACUGCUGGCCGUAUGGUCUGGAGGAGAACAGGAAGACGCUGGAGGCGCUGGUACAGUUCCUCUACGAGCAGAACAUGAUUGAGCGGACGGUGCCUAUCGAGGAGCUGUUUGCUCCGGUGCGACGCAUCAACUUUCGGAUUGGAUAG